AUGAAUAAUCAAGGUUCGAGAGUACAACCUUCUCUUCUUCCACAAAUCAAUCAUCACCAACAACAACAAUCACGACAAUUCAGUGCUGGAUCUAUGGCACCACCUAGCCAAACUUAUGCAUCAAACAGACCACCCUUGUACUCGUCUGUGAGUGCUAACAACGUUUUUGCAUCUUUGCCACAAAACUCAUUUUCAAAUUUGAGUAACGGUAAAUUUGGCGGGAGAUCAGACAAUUUUUCGAGGCGGGAAUCCUCUGCCGUUCAUACAGCGCUUCAUUUACUGAAAGAAGAAGAACUAUUGGCUGACGACGAUGAAGUAAACAGCUGUUAUUCUUCAUCUACGUCACAAUCCUCAUUAUCAUCAACUCAUCAAGGUCACACUCAUACCAUGAAUUAUCUCACGAACAGAACUUCUAACAUGUCUCUCUCCUCUAAUGGCUUUGGUGCUUUCCAUCAUCCUCAAACCUCAAUUUUAGAAAAUCAGAACCCAACACCAAAGAACAACCUUAGAGAGUUUAAUGCUGUUAAGAAUGCUGAGGCUGCAAUUGCUGAAGAUGACGACGACUUUUCUGACUCUGAGUAUGGUGAUGAAUCCAUGUACUCUGAGGAAUACGAUGAUGAUGUCUCGAUGGGAUUUGACGAAACUUGCUCCGAGCAUAGCUAUAGUGGUAGCACAGGUCACAAUUACAGUAACUCAUUCGCAGGUCUUCCACUCUAUACCUCUUCUGCGAAUUCUGCUGCUUGUGGUUUCAUUCCUCCCACCUCAUUCUUUGCACCACAACCCUCAGCUGUAACGACUAGCAUUCCUUGUUACACCUCUUCGUCAUAUUUUUCUCAUAAUAAUGAUGAACGACCUCCUCAACGACCUCAAGUAACAAAUCACCAACAACCACACACCCAUGCAGAACACAAUCAACAACAGCAAAUCUCAGAAUCUGAUGACGAACUAGAUAAGGAACCAGUAAACUUGUUACCCUCCUUGCAACCACUCUAUUACUAUAGAGCACACAAUUCUGGAAGUGGUACAAUUGAUACAACGAACUGUGUUUUAAUACAAAAACCACCGAAAACACUUGACGAAGCACACUCCAUGAGAAGUGUGAUAUUUGCAAAGGAUGUUGAGAGUGAUGUUCUUUCCAACAUGAGAAUGAACCAAUUUAAAAACAAACCAAAUCCCAACUACAUUGGGGAGGUACAAACCGACAUCAAUGAACAAAUGAGAUGUAUUCUAAUUGACUGGAUGAACGAAGUGGCUUCAACCUAUCGUCUCACUCCUGAAACACUUUUCUUGAGCGUGAAUAUUUUGGAUAGAGCUCUCUCCAAAAUUGCUGUUCGAAGAAACAAGCUACAAGCGGUUGGAGUGACCGCACUGUUUAUUUCUUCAAAAUUUUGUGAGAUUAGCCCUCCUCCAAUUAAGGAGUUUAUCUACAUUGCAGAUCAUGCAUUUGGAAGAGAAGAAAUUUUGGCAAUCGAGAAACGUAUUCUAAAUGAGCUUGAGUUUGAGCUUUGCUCCGUUCAGCCUUACGAUUUUAUUGAAAAGUUUUUAGAAAAUUGUGGAGUUGUAGACAAUAACAUUGUCAAAUACCUUUCAUAUUAUCUUUGUGAAAUGCAACUACAAAACUAUCAAGUAUUGAAAUAUUCUCCAGUGGUCAUUGCUUCAUGUUCAAUUAUGCUCGCCUUGUAUUUGAUUGAUAUGAAUUAUUGGACUUGUGAUUUGGCGAAAUGUUUUGGAUUUUCAUCUCAGGCAUGUGAAGGUCUGCCCAGUUCACAUUGGAAGAUCAACAGUUGGUAA